CCCGGACGGACGUACGCACGUACACAACUGUACGUCCCAUACGUACAUGUGUACACGAUCUCAAGAGAAAAAUGUCGUGGCAAGAAUUCCUCACUAUUCUUCUUCUUAUUUUGUACAUAUCUCAAUUUACAAUCACUGAAGGACUAAACCUAAAUUUGCAACCGUUAUCAGAAUGGAGUUAUCGGACAGGACGAGCAAAGCAGCUUGGGAAAUUAACCGAUUAUGACAUCACGAUACCCUACCGGCUGGAUGGGCGUCAACGAAGGGAUACAGACACUCUGACAGAGGCUGGGCAUCUAAAAGAAGCGACAUUUGUGCUGCAAGUUGGCGCGGAAGAAAUCACGCUCGACCUGACAUUAAAUGAAGACCUGUUUCCUGCCCGAUACAUCCAGCGCUCCUACUUACCAGAUGGCCGGCUACUGACCAGGAAACCUCACAGAUUACAUCACUGCUAUUACCAUGGAGAAGUCAGAGGCAAGAAUGUAUCAAGUGUUGCCCUGAGCACAUGCAAUGGUCUAAGCGGUCUCAUCAUCAUCGACGGCAAAAGCCAUUACGUGGAACCGCUGAGCGACUCACAGAGCAAGCAUCUUGUCUAUACACCCGACAAUGUCAGGCGGAAAAAACAGAGAUGGGUUUACGAUACUGGUCUGUACGAAGAGCAAGGAGCAAACUACCAUGAGGAUUCCAUGCACCAACGGAUACGAACGAGACGAGAUGUCUUUGAAGAAACCAAAUAUGUGGAGCUGUUCAUCGUAGCUGAUAACACAGAGUUCAUAGAGCAAAACAGUGACAAAGAGCAAGUCUUUACAAGAUGCAAGGAGAUGGCCAAUGCAAUGGAUAUGAUUUAUCGUCAGUUGAACAUGCGCGUAGCCCUAAUAGGGGUAGAGGUAUGGGAUGAAGGGGACCAGUUUGAUGUGAGUACCAACCCAACCGUCACCAUGCAGUCCUUCCAUCGCUGGCGGAAAGAAACUCUCCUGCCAACCGUGUACAACGACAACGCCCAGUUUGUCACUGGCAAGUCGUUUGAUGGUAGCACCGUUGGCAUGGCAUCGUUGUCCGUCAUGUGUUCACCGGAUCGUUCCGGUGGGGUGAAUGAGGAUCAUGGGAUAAAUGCGGCAGACGUAGCUUCCACUAUGGCACACGAGAUGGGCCAUAACAUGGGUUUCUCACACGACACUGAAGAUAGAAACUGCCAAUGUGAUGCCCCAGAAAGCACUGGGUGUGUCAUGGAACCCUCCAGCGGUGCUAUCCCACCCACCAUCUUCUCCUCCUGUUCCCGUGCCGACCUGGCGGCAUCUCUACUCAAGGGUCUAGGGGCCUGUCUCUUCAACUACCCCAAGGCUAUCUUCCAAGGACCGCACUGUGGGAAUGGCUUCCUGGAGAAAGGGGAAGAAUGUGACUGUGGCACAGUGGAGGAGUGUACAAAUGAGUGCUGCUUGCCGGAUAGGUGCAUCUUGCACGAGAAUGCGACCUGUGCAAAUGGAGAGUGUUGCGAGGAUUGUCAGCUGAAGGAGGCUGGCGUGCAAUGCCGCGACGAAGUCAACCAGUGUGAUCUGCCAGAGUACUGCACAGGACUGGAUAAUGAGUGUCCGGGCAAUGUUUAUCGGCAGAACGGCGAGGAUUGCGCCAACAUGGAUAGUGAAGCCAUCUGCUACAACGGCCAAUGUGUGACAUACGAUGAUCAGUGCAAGGCAUUGUGGGGAGAAGGGGCCAGAAAUGGGCAUGAGCUGUGUUACGUUUUCAACGAGCAAGGGACUAACCAUGGUAAUUGUGGAAUGGAUGAGACGGACACAUUCCUGCCUUGUACGCGCAGAAAUUUAAAAUGCGGCAAGUUGAUGUGUGAGGGCGGUGCAGACUUCCCUAUCAUUGGGUCGUUGGCACGAGCCAGCGUUGGUUACCGCUACGACUCGCAAGGCGUGCGACAUUCUUGUAAAUCAGCCGGCAUUGACCUCGGGCAGGACAUCCCAGACCCUGGAUACGUCGGGGACGGCUCGCUGUGUGGCACCACUAAAACCCAGUUUUGUGUUGAGGCAAAAUGUGUGAAUAAAUCUGAUUUAAACAUCAGAGACUGCCCCUACAGUUGCCAUAAUCACGGGGUAUGUAACAGUAACAAUCACUGCCAUUGUGAUCCUGAGUGGGCCCCUCCGCUAUGCAAGAACGCAGGCUAUGGGGGCAGUAUCGACAGUGGGCCGGCAAGACCACAGGGUGGAGCUCCCACCAAUCUCCCACUAACAACCUCUGACAAAUCGGACAAUUCGAACCCCGACCUCCGCGACAAAGAGGUUGAAGCGCACAACAGCACGCUGGUGGCGCUGCUCGUGGUAUUUCUGGUCGUGGUCCCGGUGAUUGUCAUUGGCGGAAUCGCGGCGUAUGUCAAACGAAGGCAGCUUCAACAAAUACUGUGCAAGAAAAGGUAUGUAUACAGCCGUCUUGUUCUUGUCAAGUGCCAUGGGGGAGACUGUUCGCAUGUACGUCACAUUCUUAUAUUUUUCUAG